AACGUUGGAGACACAUUUCAACCGGCAAAACAUAAACAUAACUAAACUGGAAACUCUCAACUUUCAGUGUCUCACACGGAUUCCACAUGAGAUGGUUGUGAUUUUUAAGACUCUUCAUACCUGCCAGGAUGGAUCUUGGUAAGGCAAAGCUGCUUAGGACUGGUCUCAACACUCUACACCAAGCUAUUCACCCUGUGCAUGGGAUAGCAUGGACGGACGGCAAGCAGGUCUGCCUGACAACUUUCUACUUCAUCAAUGGUGAGGUGAAGUUUGGGGACACCAAUGUUAUUGGGCAGUUUGAGCAUGUCUUCGGGCUCUUCUGGGGCCCGCUGUGCUGCUCUGACUCCCCUGCUUUGCUGGCUGUUCAGCACAAGAAACAUGUUACCGUAUGGCAACUGCAGCUCAGCGCUCUGGAGCAGAACAAGCUGCUGUGCACUCAGACCUGUGAGAUGAGUGAGCCUUUCCCCUUGCUCUCCCAAGGCUGUGUGUGGCAUCCUAAACUGGACAUGCUUGCUGUGCUGACCAAGAGGGACACGUCUGUGCUGUUUUCUGUCAGGCUGGACAACAGGAGAAUCAAAGCAGACAUCAAAGGUAGUGGACUCAUCCACUGUGCAUGCUGGACUAAGGAUGGCACACGCCUGGUGGUGGCUAUAGGUAGUGCUCUACACUCUUACAUCUGGAAUGACAUCCAGAAGAGUCUGGUGGCCUGCUCCUUCUGCCCCAUCUUUGAUGUUGGGGGCUACAUCUGUGCUAUCGAGGCCACCGGGGAGGCACAAGUAGCUGUGGCCACAGAGCUGCCUCUGGACAAAAUCUGUGGGUUAAAUGCUGGCAUAGCCUUUGACAUGACGUCAGAGACAGCAUCCCUGCAAGGCCAAGGCUCACAUGUGGUCAUGUCAGAUGAAGACAGCCUUGUGGACUCAAGGAGGAGAUCCUUUGAGUCAGAGAGGUCCUACAUCUCCAGCUCAGGUCCUCUGGAUCUCACCCACCUCCUAGCGAGGCACCGUCGCUCUGACCCCAGCCCCCUUAUCCACUUGCGGCGCAGAGACACUUUGACAGGCUCUGGACAGGACUCCUCACACCUCAUCCUGGUCACGUAUGAGCGCAAAGUCACCACCACCCGUAAAGUCAGCAUCCCUGGGAUUCUGGUCCCGGACAUUGUUGCUUUUGACCCACGUGGUUCCACAGUUGCAGUGGCCUCCAACACCUGCAACAUGGUGCUUGUGUACUGCAUCACAUCCUCCGCAAUGCCGAACAUUCAGCAGAUCUCUCUGCAGACGAACGAGAGGCCUAAAGGAGUCUGCUUCCUCAAUGACAAGAUGCUGCUGUUGAUGGUCGGCAGGCAGAAGUCCAACGAUCCUGCAUUCCUCCCAUCUUCUAACACAGAUAAAUAUAUUCUCCAUCUAAUAGCCAAAGAGUUGAUGUACAAUGGAGACACUCCUAUCACACCACCCCCCUCUACUCACAACCAUGAGUCCACUUCUAACCUCUGCGCAGGGAUUAGGAGGCACUCUGAGCACCUAUGUAAGGAUGACAGGGAGCGCCCAGGGAUAAAGGACUUGGUGUUGCCCGGAGGGGGAGUACUUCGUUCACCAGCGAACAGGCGGAGGCUGGUGGAGGAGGUGAGGAGCGGCGAGCCAAGCCCUGUCACCAGCUCUGUGGACUUCUCUGACCGAGCAUCAGACAGAGCCACCUCCAGUGCCUCCUCCAUCACAGUGGAGAAUUUCGACAUGGACCACGUCAGCCGCAUGACCAGCCUGGCGGUGGCCGGCCAGGCCAGCAGAGACUCCAGCCGGGCCAGUUCUCCUCGAUUCGAGCCGCCAGACAAGCUUCACACCGAGCCCACGCUGCCAAUGCCUGAAAAGACACCGGGCCCUGCCAAGGACCGCGCGCUGGAGCAGCUCGUCCACAACAUGGAGAGGCUUUUUACUCGCUUUGCAGAUGUACAGCAGUGCCUGACAGAGAUCAGAGAUUAUACCCAGAAUGGCAAGAAGGCCCUGAGUGUCUACCCCAAUGCCUCUGAACCCCCCUACGUCAAUGUCACAUGCCAGAAGCAGUUAUCAGAAAAUGUGUUCAUUGACGAGCGGAGGCCAGUGCUGCUGUGUGAUGGGAAGCUUUGUCUGCAAGCCCUCCAAGACCUCUUCAACCUAACUAUCGUGGAGAUGAUGUAUGGUCCAUUGUGGAUUGUACUUGUGGCAGACGCAGACGGCUUUGUUCCUCUGACAUUCAAGCCCAAGGAGGAGCUCACAGUGCGGAACGGCAAGCGGAAAACUACCCUGCGGACUCCUGGGAGUCCAGAGACCUCUUGCCCAUCUAGUCCAGCCCCCGGCCAAAACUCCAACACGAGCACAGAGGCCUCAAUAUAGUGCUUCUUAACACACUCCUCAGUUUAAGGACUACAGCCAUAUCUCCAUUAUUUAAAUAUCAUUGAAUGGAUCCAAGUUCACAAUGCAGACAGAGCAAAAAACUCCCAUACACAAUAAGUUAUACGUCAUAUUUAUUUUUGUAUAUGAAAACAGUAGUGAUUUGAAAAGGGCUGCCUAUUCAGAUGUGAUGUUUACAAGUUGCUGCUUUGAGAUGAAAGCUUACCCGCAAGAAGUGACAUUUUACUUUUCUUUUUUGUUUUGACAAAAUACAGUGCAGUUGUUGUCCAAGUCAAACAUGUGUUCUGUUUUAAUCUGACUGUCCAGAUAUCCUGACACAAAAACCGACAUCGGCUAAUGUUUGAUGUAAAUGUUUUGUUUUGUAUUUGUUGAUACUGGAGAACAGCAGAAACCCCUCCACUAAUGAAAAUAAGGUGUAUGAUUCUGACUUCAUGUGUAAAAAACCAAAAAAAAAAACCUGGAUUAGCACUUUUAUGAUGAAUAGUCCCACUCAAAUGUUACAACUUAAUUUACCAACACUCCAUUAGUUGUUACAAAAAUAAAAAAUGUUCAUAAAAACACACUUGAAGCUCAUUUUCUCUUACGUUUGGAAUGCAACCAAUCUCAGUAACUUAACUGACCACAGGAGGGCGCAAUACUCAACAAAAACUUUCCUUUCAUGGCUGUAUAGUGCUGACAUGGAAGGUGGAAUAAUAUGCAGAGAAAAGUGUAUCUUUAAAUAUUAAAUUUUGCAUAACUAGUGUGCACUCCUUUGCAUGUUACUCAUUUUAUUUUGCUACCACCUCUUUAGCAAAGAAACACAACACACACAUUUAUUGUCUACCAGCCAACCUCUACAACAUUUAUUCAUUUCAUAUCAUCAACCCUUUG